AUGAAGUUAGAGGAAUUUUUAUCACUAUCAAAUGAAAAGGGAUUAAACUAUUUCAAUUUUGUUUUAUUUUCAUUGUCAGUUGAAUAUUUUUAUUCAAUGUAUUUAAACUACAGACAAUUUAAAAAAUACCGUAUUACAACUAUACCAGAUUAUGUCAAAGAUAAAAUCACUCAUGAAGAAUUUAUAAAAUCGCAAAAGUAUAGCAAAGCAAAAUUGACCUAUACAACUAUAACAAAUACAAUUGGAACUCUUGUAUCAUUUUUAUGUCUUUAUUACCCAGUAUACCCAUAUUUUUGGGAUUUAUCAUUAAGAAUAAUCGAACAUUAUGGUUAUUCAAAUGAAAUUUUGAGAUCCAUAGUUUUAUUUGUUUUUGCCAUUUUAAUUUCAUCAGUUACAGAAAUACCAGAAUCAUAUUAUUUCCAAUUUGUUUUAGAGGAAAAGUUUGGAUUCAAUCGUAUGACCAUUGGCCUAUUCAUCAAAGAUAAAAUUAUUUCAACUUUAUUAGUAUUUGUUUUUGGUAUUCCAAUAUUAUCAUUAAUUAUUUAUAUUAUUAAUUGGGCUGGUCCACAACUCUGGUUAUAUUGUUGGGGAGUUUUAGUAUGUAUCACAUUAGCAUCUAUUACAAUUAUUCCAAACUAUAUCCAACCAUUAUUUAAUAAAUAUACCCCAGUUGAUGGAGAGUUAGGCGAAGCUAUCUAUAAGCUUUCAGAAAGAGUUGGCUUCCCAGCCUCAAAAGAAACCAUUUUUGUUGUUGAUAACUCAAAGAGAGAUGGCCAUAUGAAUGCAUACUUUUAUGGUUUGUUUGGUAAAAAGAGAAUUGUUUUAUAUGAUACUUUGGUUAAAGAAUUAAAAAGAGAAGAGAUUUUAGCAGUGAUGGGACAUGAAUUUGGACACUAUAAAAUGUCACAUUCUUUAAAGCAAAUGGUUGUACUUCAAUUUUAUUUAGUUGGAUUUUUAUACAUUUUUAGCUUGUUCAUUAAUGACAAUAGUCUUUAUCAACAAUUUGGGUUUGAGUCAUCAAAGAAUUCAGUUUUCAUUGGUUUAGUUUUAUUCUCUUUGAUCUAUAGCCCAGUUGGCCGUAUUUUCACUUUGAUUUUAAAUAUUUUUUCAAGACGUUAUGAAUACCAAGCCGAUAACUAUGCUGUUCAAUUGGGUUUCUUAGAUUGCGAACACUUAUACAAACUUCAUUUCAAAGAAAACUCUUGUUUAAUUUAUGAUGAAUAUUUUAGUGCCUACCAUCACUCCCACCCAACUUUAAUCGAAAGAGUUAAGAAUAUUGAAAAACAAGUUUCGCUAUAUAAAAAAAAGGAAUAA